GUACGUACCAAAACAAAAAUCCAACUCUGUGGGCAAACCGAACUUGUUGGAGGGGGAAAGUAGUCCCGGCGGGGCGGUGUCACGACCCCGGAUGUUGGCGGCUUGGGCGCGCACUUCAGUUGGUCGCUCUGGUACCCGCGCUGAGAGCCGGGAAGGAUGUGGUCGGGGCUAAACCAAGCGGCUGAGGAGUUGUACGCUCGCCUCCUGAAGGGAUUUGAUGAAGAAAAGAAAGGAAUCUGCAAAGACCCAUUUGUUUAUGAGGCUGAUGUUCAAGUGCAGUUGAUCAGCAAAGGUCAGCCAGACCCUCUGAAGAAUAUUUUAAAUGAAAAUGACACAGCAUUCAUCAUGGAAAAAGUGCCUUUAGAAAAGGAAGAAACCAAUUACGUUGAAGAAAUACAGUCUGAAGAAACUGCCAUUUCUGAUUUCUCUACUGGCGAGAAUGUUGGACCGCUUCCUUUACCAGUGAGGAGAGCAAGGCAGUUAAUUGGACUUUACACCAUGGCUCACAAUCCUAAUAUGACCCAUUUGAAGAUUAAUCGUCCAAUUACUGCCCUUCCUCCCCUUUGGAUAAGAUGUGACAGUUCAGAUCCUGAAGGUACCUGUUGGCUAGGAGCUGAGCUCAUCACUACAAAUGACAGCAUUACAGGCAUUGUCUUAUAUGUGGUCAGCUGUAAAGCUGAUAAACAUUAUUCUGUACAUCUUGAAAACCUAAAAAAUUCACACAAGAAAAGACAUCAUUUGUCAGCUGUAACAACCAGGGGUUUUGCCCAGUAUGAGCUCUUUAAGUCUACUGCCUUGGACGACACAGCCUCCACAUCGCAAACAACAAUCUCUUUGGAUAUUUCUUGGAGUCCUGUGGAUGAAAUUCUUGAAAUCCCUCCACUCUCCUCAACUGCAACUCUGAAUAUUAAAGUGGAAUCUGGAGAGUCAAGAAGUCCUUUGAAUAAUCUUCACAGACAACUGAAAUUUCUCCUCGUCUUGGCUGAUGGUUUGAGGACUGGUGUAACUGAGUGGCCUGAGCCUCUGGAAGUGAAAUCCGCUGUUGAGCUCGUGCAGGAAUUUCUAAAUGACUUGAAUAAGCUGGGUGGAUUUGGCGAUUCUACAAAAAAAGACUCAGAGAUGGUGAAGCAGGACAGCGCGGCAGUUGAGCACUCCAUUGAGAGUGUUUUCACAGCACGGGGCGACCUCGAUUUCGCUGAGCAGCUGUGGUGCAAAAUGAGCGGCAGCGUAAUUUCAUAUCAGGACUUGGUGAAGUGUUUUACAUUGAUCCUCCAGAGCCUACAGCGUGGUGACAUUCAGCCAUGGCUCCACAGUGGGAGUAGCAGUUUAUUGAGUAAGCUGAUCCAUCAGUCUUAUCAUGGAACCAUGGACACAGUUUGUCUCACCGGGACUAUUCCAGUUCAGAUGCUUUUGGAAAUUGGUUUGGACAAACUAAAGAAAGAUUAUAUCAGUUUUUUCAUAGGUCAGGAACUUGCAUCUUUGAAUCAUUUGGAAUACUUCAUUUCUCCAUCAAUAGAUACACAAGAACAGGUUUAUCGUGUUCAAAAACUCCACCAUAUUCUAGAAAUAUUAGUCAGUUGCAUGCUUUUCAUUAAACCACAGCAUGAGCUUCUCUUCUCGUUAACGCAAUCCUGUAUAAAAUAUUAUAAACAGAAUCCUCUUAAUGAGCAACACAUUUUUCAGCUGCCAGUCAGACCAAUUGCUAUGAAAAACUUAUAUCAAAGCGAGAAGCCACAGAAGUGGAGAGUGGAGAUAAAUAGUGGCCAAAAGAAGGUUAAAACAGUUUGGCAACUGAAUGAUAGCCAACCUGUAGAACAUCUGAAUUUUCAAAAACAUGAUUUUUCUGAAUUAACACUAAAUGGUAGCCUGGAAGAAAAGAUGCACUUUACUACGAUGGUUACCUGCAGCCUGGUGCACUUCAAGUAAAGUGUACUGACGGGGUCCUCUCUACGUCUCAGCAUAAGCCACCAAAAAAAAAAAAAGAAGAAAAAGGGGAGGGGAUGGUAGUUAUCAGAGAACCUGAAACCAGAAAUGUGUCAGCCUUCAAAGCAGAAGAAAGGAAGACCCUGAAGAUUCUCUCUGCAGAUGAAGCUACAGAAUUGGUAAGCCCGUCUCAACUCUGCCUCCGAAGAAGGAGCAUCAGCAGAACUGCAGCAAUUAGUAUGCAGAGGGCGCAGACCGUGGGUACCACAGCCUCCGUAACCAUCUGCAUGUGAUUUAACAAGGGCUCUGGAAUGUAAAGAGAACGUUUUAGCGAAUAGAACUUCAUCCUGAAAGCUUUAACCAUAUUGGAAAAACUUGGAAAAUGGAGUCAUCAAAUUUUCUUAUGCUUAUUUGUUAUAAAAGAGAACCUGGUUAAUUAAAUGUUAUAAAAAAUUAUGUGAGGGCAUUGUAAAAUAUUUCAGAAAAUAUAGGAUGAAGAAUGCCUAAAUUUGGUCCUUCCACAGGGACUGUAAUAAGAGCUAAAUGUGUAUCAGUGCUCGGAGAGCCUCGCUGAGCUUAUCAUGAAUUAGUGUUAAUAGCCAUAUUCCAUUGUUUUGAUAAUUUUCUUUUUUUCUUAAUAAGGUAUUUUCAGUGAAAGUUUACACAGCAAAUUACAUUCCCAUUUGACAAUUUCUGUACAGAUUAUUCAGUGACAUUAGUUACAUUUUUCACAUUUUGUCAGCAUUCUCUUUAAUUGUGUUCUGGUUAUUGGGUUUCUGCUGCUCUAGUUUCCCCACCUUAUCUUCCUGUAAUUUUCAUCCAGAGUAAUUGUGAAAGAAAAAUCCCUGGGAAAAAUUUCCAGCCUUCCGAAGAUGUUAUUAUGUAUCUUCAGAGGUAUAGGAAUAUCUCUGUUGGGAUUUUUUUAUGGCAAUUUUUGUACAGUUCAAUAAUAAUCUUCAGGAGUUAAAUGAAAGGCAAUUUUUGUGUGCAUUGAUAUAGUGGACAUUUAUGUAAUACCCGCUAUUAGGUUUUAUGACAAGCACCCUGAUUACCCAGAGAAAUAAGCCACAGGAGUUUAUAGGCUCAACAGUAAAUUCUGCAGUACAUUUCUAAGUUUAAUUUUGUUUAGUGGAAUACGUAUCCUUAACAUUGCCUAGCUAUUUAGGUUGGGUGUAGGCAGUACAUUGACUGUAAAAAUAGCUGAAUUGGUAGGAUUUGGUCUAGCACUUUCCACCUGUGAUACCGCAUUAAAGACUAGUUAAAAUAGGAAGUGUGUCCUUAUAGAAAGUUAAAUAUAGAAGUCAAAGAACAAAUGAUAUGUGUGAGCCUUUCAUGAUGCAUAGUUGCCUUUUUUUUUUUUUUUUACUUUAGAUGAAGGUUUACAGAGCAAAUUAGUUUCUCAUUAAACAAUUCAUACAUAUAUUGUGACAUUGGUUGCUAACCCCACAACAUGUCAACACUCUCCCCUUCUCGACCUUGGGUUCCCGGUAACCAGCUAUCCUGUCCCCUUCUGCCUUCUUGUCCUUGUCCCUGGGCUGGUGUGCCCAUUUAGUCUCGUUUUCUUUUAUGGGCCCGUCUAUGGCUGAGGGGCGAAUCUGAUGCAUAGUUGCCUCUUGGUUAUUACAUAUCCAUGACCCUUUUGGACACCCUUGCCUGAGAAAUGAUGCCUUCUGUGGGGGCUGGACUUGUUUUGCUCAUUGUAUAUCCACAGGGCUUAAAACGUUCCCUAGCAAAUAGUGAGUGGUAAAAAUUACUUGUUGAAUGGGUGAAUAUCUCGGGUGUUUUCUGACUUUUCUGCGUUGCAUUUAGUAUAAUAGUUGAACUCUCCUUUCCAUCCACAAAGCCCACUAUAACAAAAAUAGUACACUUACAAAUUUUUUUCAAAGUAAAAAAUUACUUUUCAGAAAGAAUAAAAUUAGAGUGGAUAAAGUAUUUCUCUUUCAUGGUAAAUUUUUUUAAUAUCACCUAAGAUGCUUGUAAAUAGAAAUUUGAUAUUGCUUCAAAGUCAAGGAAAAAAAUCCGUUACCAAUCAUAACUGGUUUUAGAAGGUUAACUUCAGGUAUAUCCACAUUUUAAGGUUUUGGUAAUAUCAUCAUAUAUAUAAUUGUGUAGUUUAACUACCCAAGGAAGGAAUUAAAAUAGCUCACCUGUAGCAAGCAUGUGGUUGUUGAUAGAGCAAGUUUCCAAAGCUUCGAGGUGCCAACUUGCCACCUAACAAAAACCCACUCAGUAAGUAAUGUUGUCUUAGGCUCAUUUUUUGCUGUUUGGAAUCAAUUUUGGAAUAAUAUGAGAUAAAAAUAAAUAUUCCUAACUAUCUGCCUGUCAUUUAAAGUAGCAGGUAUUUUCUGAACACUUGUAUGCUGAAUGAGAGGGCAUUGAGGAGCUUGCAUUCCAGUGCUUUUCUGAUAGUAUGGAACUAGCGAAUUGGCAGCCAUGAGCCACCACUUCCGUUUGUAGCCCAACUGAGGCCAACCUGGAAGAAUUCUGGUAAAUCAGUAAGAUUUACUUUAGAACAUUAUGUUUAAUAAGACACUAUACUCUAAAAAAAAAAAAAAAAUUUUUUUUUUUUUUUUAUACUCUGAAUUUCAAUUUAUAUUUUCCUGCCAUUCAUUUCAGCAACAUAGGUAGAAAAUAGGGAGCUGGUGGAAAAAUGUGGUAGAUCAUUGAAAAUAUUCAGUAGGCUUUAUAGGGUUAUUACGUUUGAUUAUUUUUAAUCUCCAUUUGGAGCCAGUGUAUUUGUAUGGCCUUACCAUUCAAUGGGACAAGGUGAAAAUUGUAUGGUCAUUAUACAUUUGAUUUUUUUUAAGUGUUCUUAUAUAUGUUGAAGAGUAGGUAGUCAUGUGUUUAUAUUAAGACACAAGGUUACGAAUAACAUUUAACUCAAAGCCUCUUCACCUUGUCCCCUCAUGACUUGAAGCACUCAGGACCCUUCAUAACCCCUGCUAGUGCCUUCAUGCUGUGCGUGUUAGCACCUGAAUUGAAGGCAUGCUUGCUCUAUCACAAGUGAAUGAGCACAGAGAUGGGGAGAAUCAUAGGAAGAGAAAAGGACCAUGCUUUCUGCAUACCCCUGUCUUCUUUUGCAGAGGAAGAGGAGAGGUGCUUGCCACAGUCUUUGUGCACCCCCACUGCCUAGCUCAUCUGAAGUCCAGAACAAGUAACAUCAGUAACUAGCCUACCUCUCUUGGAUUUGGAAACCCAUUGGCAAUGAUAAUCCUCUUGUAAUAUUGCCCAGAAGCCUUUGGAUAGCGAGGUUUAUGUCUGCUCUUAAAGUCGACGUAGUAGAAUCCGUAUCUCUCUGAGUAUCCAUUCUCCCAUUCAAACUUAUCCAGCAGGGACCAGGAGGUAUACCCUUUUAUGUUAGCGCCGUCUUUGAUGGCUGCAGAGACAUUUAUGUGUAAUUCAAAUGGUUCAUUUGUGAGAUUUAGAAACAAGUUUUAACCAAACAUACACGUUACCAAGUUUUGUCUAGUUAAGAAGGAGCCUUGGUGGCCCAGUGGUUAAGUGCUCGGCUGCUAACCGAGAGGUUGGCAGUUGGAACCCACCAGCCGCUGCACUGGAGAAAGAUGUGGCAGUCUGCUUCCGUAAAGAUUACAGCCCUGGAAACCCUAUGGUUUCCAACUCUGUCCUAUAUAGGGUCAUUCACUCUAAGUCAGAACAGUCAAAAGAGGUCUAAGUUAAACUGAAAAAUAUGUGAAAACAGUGUUGGCCUGUAACUCACCUUUUAGCAUUUCAUUUAUGUAUCCUUUAAGGUACUGUAUUCUCCACGGAUCACA